UUGCUAUCUGCUUGCAUAGUUAAUUGCUAAGAAUUUAGAAUGUCCAGUAGUUCCCCAAAAUCAGGCAAGAAGAGUAGUGGAAUUCUAGCCUUUGUGAAAAGAAGAAAAUCAAGAAAAGAAAAACCACAAGAUUCAGCUCCUAGCCAAUUGCAACCACCAGAACAAAUUGUGCAAGAAGUUCCAAUUCUAGAAGAAGAAGCUACAGCAAUGACUGAUACAAAGAGCCAGGAAGAUUUAAGCAGGCAGCUAGCGGAGGCAUUUGAGGACCUAGAUCUAGCAGAAUCGAAAAUCGAAGAAGAUACGAAAAAGAUUCAAGCCUUAGAAAAUCAGAUCGACACCUUGCACAAGAAGUCUUCCAAAUUGGAAUCAAAGGUUUUGGAAAUGGAAAAAGUUAGUGCAGAGCUUGACGAUGCUUCGUUUGAUGCUGCACAAGAGUUCCAGUACAAGAAACAAAUCGAAGAGCUGCAAGAACAACUUGAGGAGAGAAAGAAUCUCGAGCAGCAGUUGUCUGACACCAAACUGGAGUUACAGGAGAUCGGAGCACAAUACGAUACUGUGAAGUUCCAGCAACAGAGAAGCACCACACGUGACAAAAUGAAGUCUCUUUCAGAGGAGAAAAGCUCAAGAGAAGAAGUGAUACGUCUGCAAAAAGACCUUAGAGGUGUCGAGCGUCAACUAAAACAACAACAGGCCACUUAUGAAGCAAAGCUAAAGGCAAAUCAAGACAGCAUACAAAGAGUUCAGGACAAGAACAAAGCAAUACAAAAGAGGUGUGAUGAGAUGGAGAAAGAGCGAUUGCAACUAAAAGUUGAAAGGAGUCGACUUGAGAAGAAGCUUGAAAAAAGUGGCUCUUACGCUGAGCAGAAAAGAAUUAAAACUGAACAGGAGGCUGCUGAGAUGGAGGUGCAGAAUAUAAAAAGAAAGCAUGCCAAGUUGGAGAAACGCCUGUCCAUGUCCACUCAAAUGCUUGACAUGAUUGGCCAAGGUAGUUCCCUCAUGCUGGAUAGAAAUGGCGACAGUAGUACUAGUCCUAUCAGUGAAUUAUCUCCCUCCUCUUCGGGAUUUGCGUCUCCCGUACCAACCAUGACCCUCUCAGAGGCGAGGAUUGACAAUCUUGAGAGAGAGCUAUAUCAGCUAGAGCAAACACUCACAAUGACAAACGAGGAAAACCAGAACUUAAAAGGCAGAGCCGCCACAGCUGAGAGGAAUGUCGAAAACCUUACAAAGAGACUGAAAGAAAUCGACAGUGAACUCUUUCAUGAGAAGGAGGCAAACAGUUCGCUAGAGAUGGAAGCCGAUACACUUCGACAGCAAGCAACCACUCCGACUUCACCUAUAGCUAUAGGGGACGACAACUCACUUGAAACUCGAUUCAAGAAAUUAGAAAAAGAAACUCAACAAAGUGAAAUCAGAUUCCGAGUGAAAGAAAAAGACUUGUGGGCGACGAUUGAAGCUCAAAAACGGCAGAUCUCAGAGCUUGAAAUAGAGAAGAUUACUUUAGAAGAGCGCUUACUUGAAGAUGAAGCAACUGAUGUUGAAGAUGAUGAUUCACAAAACAAACCCUCCGCCGGCUCAAUAAAUCGAAUAGAAGAACUGGAACAACAACUACACUUUUUUAAAGUAGAUAACGAAGAACUCAGGGCCGAAAUAGAAAAACUUCAGGCUGAAGCUAGAGAGAUAAUGGAAUCCUUGGAAGCCGAGCUAGGUGACUCAACCGAUGGUGGGCAGAGUAAUUUGAUCCAACAGAAUGCAGAUAUGAAAAAGACACUAGAAGAUAAGUCAGAGCAGUAUGUGGAAACCAUCCGUGAAAUUGCUCGUCUCAAAAACAUCAUUGAAGAUCAGGAGAAUGAAAUGACUUUCUUGAAAGCCACCCAAGAAUACAGAUCUCGUAUAGAUCCAGAGAAAGAAGUGAUGAGCAAUGGAAAAGUUACACCAGACCAGCAGCCAGAGGGGCCAAAGAAAACGUCUGGAGAUGUGAAGAAGAAGCGUACUGUGAAGAUCAUUGCAGCAAAGGGCAAAGAUGACGGUGAAGCAAGCACUAAGAAAGCUCCCCUGACGAAGAAGAAGCCCAAAAAGAACUGAAGGAGGCGACCGAACACAUUACACACACUUCUUCUGAAUUUCAUUAUUUGUAAUUUUAGUGCACAUCAAAAGGAUAAGGUUGACAUCGUACACAUAUCAAACACUGUUAGAAUCGUUUCUAGUUGCUAUCAAUUGUUCCACCCACUUCCUGACUUCUGGGUGUUGAAAUUUGCCUGUACAUGUGUAUAUAGAAGAAAAUAAUUAUUGGCACAAAA